AUGUCACAUGGCUUCAACGACGCAAGUGGGUUACCUGGCGGGAGAUGGAUAUCUCCUGGUCAAUAUAUAGCAGACGGAGGCCAAGGAUCAGUCCACUAUUGGGUUAAAGUCGACGCAACCCAUAGAGUUAUCGAUCGUAUUGUCAUCAAGGAUACUUGGGACUCUGAACCCACAUCUGAGCCUGUAGAAUGGGAUGGGAUGUACGAGGAACUCGUGCGCAAGGGUAUGGAUCUCGGUGUAUCAAAAUCCGGUGGAUAUGGGAAUGCGCACGUCGAUGAUCGCUUCUACAAAGAGGCAUAUAUUCAGGGGCUUCUCACACCUGCUGAUGGAGAGUUAUCUUAUAACAUGCCUCUACGUGGCUACAAGAGGGGUGAUAAGCCUGAUCCAAGACAAAGGCCUGACACCACUCAUUGGCGACUUUACAUGGACCACCUUCACUCUGGAGACAUGCACACCUUCAUCCAAAAAUCUGUCAAGUUGGACGAUUUUGGAACAUACGAGCCGAUACCAACGCCUGAGCCUUUCAUCUGGUACACUUUGCAGUGUUUGACUUCUGCAUUGAUACAAAUGGAAGAGGCUGCCAGAACACGGCCAAAGGCUCGAAAAGCCGGAGACGAAACGAUCGUCAUGUUGGACAUGAAGCCUUCGAACAUCUUUCUCGCCCCUCCAGGAGGGCCAAGAUAUCCGGUCUACCCACGUCCCAUCAUCGGCGACUUUGGCGGUGCACAGCUGACUCACAAAACAGCUGCGGACAAUGUCUGGGGCGCAAUGCAACAAAUUUGCACGCGUGGGUUUUAUGCUCCAGAGAUGACUAGAUCGACACAAAUCGACGAAGACGAUAUGGAAGAUCAUCAAAUCGAGUCACUACGUGUGGAAAAUCUACCAGUGCAUUCCUGGACAAAUGUCUGGCAACUGGGCCGCUCCAUUGAAUGUAUGAUGCGAGCCACCGGAUCCAUGAACGAUGUUGAUUGGGCGACUGCAACAGAACUCCAACGAGAAUCACAAAUCAAGAGAUCUCCGCCGAGAUUCGAUUACUCGCCUGGCUUCCAGUAUAGUACCGAUCUGGUCAAUCUAGUGUACGACUGCCAAUUGUUCAACCCAGAGGAACGUCCGACGCCUAGAGAGUUGAUGGAACAGAUUAACGAAAACAUAUCUGAUCACACCAAAUUCAUGGACUAUUGGGGCACAGAAGCAUGGGUCCGUGAGCAAGAACAAUACCCUGCUCAAAGAACCAAAGAAGAGAAGGAAAAGCUCAGACAGAAAAAUGCCCGGCGCGUCCUGGAUGGGAAGUUGUACUUCCUCCACGAUUACCAGGAUAAAGCUUUGGCUGAACGAUACGCUGAUUUGGACAUGGACAUACCCGAAGACUGUGCGCUUGUUUGGGGUGGAAACGAGGCGGAAUACAAGCUUGGUCAGGUGGCAAGAGCGGGGGACACACCGCAGAAACCGGAUAAGAGAAAGAGAUCUAACGAGUCAGAUGAUGAGGACAAGUUGGACAGUCGACUGAGGAAGAAGCCGAAGAAGUGA